UGAGGCACCAAUGGCGACGCCCGCGGACGCUCGAGCCGUAAAGUCUCUAAACACAGGCGAGGGAAGCAAGAAAUUUGUUUACAAGUCCAAUGUUCAACAAAUUGCAGAGAUUGAUAUUAAUGUAUACCGAAGUUUGGACCCUGUUAAAGCUGAGCCUUCUGAAGGGUCCACGUUUUUUCGCGAUUGCCUAGUUGAAUGGAGAGAAUUAAAUACUGCCGAGGAUUUUAUUUCAUUUUAUCAAGAAAUGUUCCCCUUGGUACAAACCCUACCACAAAUUAUAUUGCAAAGGGAAUUGAUCGUUUCAAAACUGCUUUCUAGAUUACAAAUAAAAAGCAGGCUAUCACUGGAGCCAAUACUCAGGUUGGUAGCCACAUUAUCAAGGGAUCUUCUGGAGGAUUUUUUGCCCUUUCUCCAGAGGAUUGUGAAUGCUAUAGUAUUUCUUCUGAAAAAUGGUGGUGAUAAGGAUCCAGACAUAAUUAAGCAGAUUUUUACGUCAUGGUCAUACAUUAUGAUGUUCCUGCAGAAAUAUCUGAUAAAGGAUGUCAUUCAUGUGCUAAAAGUAACAGUGAAACUGAGAUACUAUCCACAUGGUAGCAUACAAAAAUUUGUGGCGGAGUCCGUCUCUUUCUUACUCAGGAAUGCACCUGUUGAGCAGCUUAUAAAAGUUACAAAUCAAGCAAAUGCCAUGUUUCUGUACGUUUUUACAUUGGAAAAGAAAGGUUUUAGGCUUUUCUUAGAGAAGAACCUGGAGAUUUUCUUUGUAACGUGUGUACAUGCUUAUAGACACCUGCACAUUGAGUCCCUACUGUCAUGA